AUGAAUUCUUACAGCGAUGGAUUCACCCCAUUCGACUCUCUGCAAUCUCCCAUACAUUCACUGGAGACUCACAGCACUGAAACGUCUCUACCUGCUGUCUUGUCCCAGUCGUCCACCCCUAGAGAAACCCUUACCAAGAACCCAAAAGGAAAGGCUCCGUUUGCUGACAACCCUUCUCAAGGACUGGUUCCUUUGUCUGCCACUGAUGUAUGUUUAAAACGGAUGAAUGGAUGGUCUAAAAUAGUCUAUAAACUCAUCAGGUACCUAGAAGUGGUAGCUGAACAGGAGCGUCGUUUGUCAGAAUCUGUAUCCAAAUGCUCCAAAGAACUGUCCGUCACUCAGCUCGAUAAAGAUAUGUUGGGUCUUUUUGACCCAACCGAGUCGUUUCAAACCCUUCUCAAAGACAUGACCGAAUCCCAAUCCAAAAUAUCAAAAGAACAUACUAGGGGUGCUGAAUUAGUCGAAACUGAAUUACUUCCCAUUUUAAAAGAAUUGUUGGCUGAAAUACGUAAAAAGAUUGCUGAUGCAGAUAAGGACUGGGGACUAUUGGAUAAGGAGAUGAAAUAUGAUCUGGACACAUUUGUAAAGCUAUCUGCCAAUGUGCGCGCUUCCUUGAUGCGGUUACAAUGGAAAGGUAAUGAAGAGGGUAGCAUGGGCGAUGUUCCUAAAGAUGUGCCAAGAGAUCCGUGGCUGGCUGAUAUGACUUUAAGAAAACAUAUUGUCCAGUGUAACAAAAAGCAAGAGUACUAUCGCUCCAAACUGGGUCAACAGCAAGACACAUUUGCUGCAUUUGAAAAGGUGAUUGUACAGAAUAUUCGUGUUGGUUUAGCAUCUUUUUACGAAUGGCAAACUUCAAAUUAUACCAGAAGGUUGGAUCAAUCCAGAGAUAUGGCCAAGUUAUUGGAUACAAUGGAGGCAGAUAAAGACUGGGCAAUUUUUAGAGCAAGCAACUGUGAUCGAUUUAUUGACCAAGACAAUGUGCCCUUGGUUGAUCCUGCAAACAUCAUCUAUGACGGAUGUGACGAUCUUGCCAUUCGCGUUGUUCGACAAGGAUCGCUACUGCGCAAAGAAGGUGUGUUUAAACGAUCCUAUCGGCCCGUCAAUGCUGUCCUGUCCACUUCUGGAUAUCUGCAUACUCUGCCACCACUUUCAUCAACACCCAUAGGAGCUACGCAUUCUGACACUUCAUCUGCAGGCGGUCCAUUCUCUCCUACUGGCAACAAACCGGAUUUUUCGGCUGAUUCCAUACUUGAAAUGCCUGAGCUGACGCUUGAUUUGGCAGAAUACACCUUGCUUCCACUUAAUCUUAGCGACAAAGAUCCCGAAGACAUUGUUUUUGUUGGGAAAAACUCGGGUAUGUUUGGACGAGAUAUCAAACACAAAUUCAAGGGGAAAACCAUGGUUGAAAGUGCGGAUUGGUGGACUGCAAUCAAUGAACAUAUGAAACAGAUGGGAACACGGACUUCAGUUGGAACACCCACUACACAGCACUCAAAACCAGCUUUUGCUGGUACUGCUCCUUUACCAAAAGAAAGUGCAGAUGGAUCGACUGGACUUUCUCAACGCGCUGCUGCAUCUGUAGCUACUGCGAAUGCUCCAUCGACGUCUCUUCAAGCUCGAUUGGGAGCCGUUGUAAGUCAUAGCAAAUCCGAUACGAUUCAUGCUACUUCUGGUACACUACCAGUGAGUAUGCCUGCACCACCUCUACCUGGUCGACCCAAAAGUACUAUUGUACCUACAUUGAGACCCAAAUCUGGAUCGCUUAUUGACGAAUCAUUUGAUGAUUUGCCUAGUAGGAGAGAUUCGUUAUCACCUCCGAUUUCUUUUACAACUACUUCAAAUGAUCAAAUUCCUACACCUGCUCAUGUAGCUGAUUUUGCUUCAUUUCCACCUCCCGACACGAAUGACAAGACCGAGGUGGGCAAUGUAUCUGCUUUAUCAUUAAGUGAACAGAUGGAAAUGAAAUUAAGCCAUGCUACAAGUGGUGGUCAUUCUCAUGAUGAUCCGGUUGAACUGGACACGCCAUCGCCCAAAGCAAAACUAGCUAGUCUAUCUACCGGAACUAGCAAUCCAUGGGACACAUUUCAAGACGAGUCGGGUGGUUGGUAA